UCUCCACUUUAUCUGGGGACAAUUUUAAGAACUGGAAGGAAUCAAUUUUGAUUCAUUUGGGCUGUAUGGAUCUAGACUUGGCAUUAAGGAUAGAUCAACCUGCUUCUCUUACGGAGAACAGCACUACUGAGGAAAAAUUGUGCUUUGAGAAGUGGGAAAGGUCUAAUCGCCUAAGUCUUAUGAUCAUAAAGAAAAGCAUUCCAGAAAUCUUUCGAGGAACGAUAUCUGAUGAUAUCACUCUGGCUAAAGAGUUCCUUGUCGAGAUUGAAAAGCACUUUAACAAAAGCGAUAAGGCGGAAAUGAGUACUCUUUUAAAGAGUCUUAUUACCAUGAGUUAUCUCGGCAAAGGCAACAUAAGGGAGUACACCCUUAAGAUGUCCAAUAUUUCUUCUAAGUUGAGGGCACUAAAGUUAGACCUUUCGGAGGACAUGCUUGUCCUAUUGGUCCUGCUCUCUCUUCCUCUUCAAUAUGAUCAAUUUAAGGUCAGUUACAACUGCGAAAAGGAGAAGUGGACUCUUAAUGAGCUCAUUUCUCACUGUGUUGAGGAAGAAGAAAGAAUGAAGCAUAAUAGGGCUGAGGAGGUACAUAUGGUUGGUACCUCGAAAGAUGCUGAUGGCUUUAAAAGAAAAUUUAAGGCCGUUAAGGUUGAGACUGCUAAGGGUCCAGCUCCAAAGGGUAAACCGGAGAAGAUUUCAUGCUUCUUUUGCAAGAAAUCUGGACAUCUAAAGAAAGAUUGUGCUAAGUACUCCGCCUGGUGCGUGAAGAAAGGUACAUUCUUUAAUUUGGUUUGUUCUAAAGUUAAUUUAGCUUCAGUACCUCGAAACACUUGGUGGUUAGACUCCGGUUCAACUAUUAACAUCGGUGUUUCAAUGCAGGGUUGCCUAAGCCACCGAAAACCAACUGAUGCUGAAAGACGCAUUUGUUUUGGAAAUGGUGAAUCGGUGGAUGUGGAAGUUGUGGGCAUAUUUAAAUUAUUAUUAAGUACUGGACAUUUUGUGGAAUUAAAAGACACUUUUGUUAUACCGUCUUUUAGACGGAAUUUGGUUUCUGUUUCUUAUUUGGACAAAUCCGGUUAUUAUUGUUCAUUUAGAAAUAAUAAAGUUGUGUUGUCUUUUGAUUCUAAUGUGGUUGGUUUUGGUACUUAUAUGGAAAAUGAUAAUUUAUAUAUGUUCAACACUAUAACUUCCCAUAACGAAACCCUGAAUGUGGAAACAAGAGGUACUAAGCGAAAAUUAAAUGAAUCAAGUAUGCUAUGGCAUAAACGUUUGGGACAUAUUUCGAGAAAUAGAGUUGAAAGACUCGUUAAGGAUGGAAUUCUUGAUUCUAUUAAUUUCUCGGAUUUUGAUGUUUGU